UGAUUUGAAUAUAGGCCUAAUGUAGCCUUUUUUUUAAUUUGAAUAUAUGUUUUUAAUGUGAAUGGAAAACAUCUUGAGUUAAUAGAAGCUUCCUCGCGGUGUAAGACAAGAGAUCAGACUUUUAAAUUGUUUGCGGCGAUGAGAAACAGCAUUGUUCCUGACUGCUGUGGGAAUGUGAGAGCAGACCGUGGCGCAGGAGAGAGAGAAGUUUGGAUUUUGACAACGCAGGUGUGUUCGUGAGGUAUUCAUGAUAUUAAUUGUUUCACUUCUGCGUCCAGCACACUGAUGAAGUGUGAACUCGGUGGAAUUCCGUGUGUAUACAGACGGUGUGACAUAGCACUAGAUGUUUUUCCACAUUCUUCCUGCUCCAACUACGCUCCCAUAUUAUUAAUUUUUUUCCCCGUUCACCAUUAUUCAGUCUCAGCGGUGAGCUGUCAAGGCACAUUGCGCCUGACUCUACUGGUCCCAGUCACUUUCCCCCUGUCCCGAUGAUGUUUGACUCGCAUACUUCCCGAUCCCACAAGUGAACAUUAUUAAUUCAGCCCAGUCCAGUCGUCCCCAGCAUGCGUUGUCCUGUUCAGGCCACAUCACGGGGAACAGCCGGGAGGUUUGAGGGCGUCCUGCAGCUUCACCUUCACAUCAGAUCCUUAGCGGGACAAUAAUAAUGCCUGCUCUGUAGCUUUGACAUAUUUUCUAACCACCACAAUUAGCGUAAUUCCGGCUUAUCUCAUUUCCUGUUAGUCAUGAAUGCCAUCCACGACUACGCAUGUUUUUUUGUUUAGGCCACUGCGCUUUUGUCCUUCUCUUUGAAUCUUUACCCACCUUCUGUUCAGUUUGUCAUUUUCUCAUCACAUUGUUUUUAAUUGUCCCUCUGGAAUGAAUGCAACAGCCACAAUUGGUUAAACAUCAGUGAUGUAAUGGAAAGCAAUAAUGACUCCACUGUAUCAUCCCAAAUCCAUAACUUAUCAUUGAAACAUGUUAAAAGAUAAGCUUCUAUGCCCCUGAGGACGUGAGUGUGUUUGUUCCUGUCAUUGUUAUUUAAUGCUACAAAAAUUUAUGGAGGAAAAACAAUAACACACAAACACACACACACUGUUUCUCAUGGAGAGGUGCCCACUGAAAAUCCCCCGGCAGCUUGUUUUUAUCGACGUAUUGGUUGUUUGGGCCCCUGCUGAGUGAAUUUGAUUAUUAUGAGAUAUUCACAAAAUAAUCAAAAGUUCCCCGGGGUUUUCUGUCGAAUCCUCUGUGAGCAGCUCAGAGUGACCUGCAGAGGGUUAACACGAGCAGCGCUGCUCAUGUUCCCUCCUCCUGACGCUGACUGAGCACUCACGCACACUUACACACACACACACACACACACUUUCUCCACUGAGGCCAGCGCAGACGAGAGCCAGAGAGGAGGGACCGAGAGCAGCUCUGCGAGCCAGCUGCCGUUAGCUCAGAGCCGCGUCUUUUCUCUCCCUGACUCCCCCCCAGGUUCUCCACUGGCCUCAUCACUCCAUGGGACUCCAGACCUGGCCGCCAAGCGAACCAGCACUGUCCUCCAUGGCCUGCCUUGAUGUGGAGACCCCUUCCAUCUGCAGGGGUAAAUUCAAAUCAGUCCUCCAGCUCUGUCUGCAGCAGAGGAGGACUCGGGAGCAGCUUGUGGAGCAAGGCAUCAUGCCGCCUCCUCUAUGGCACCACGCAGCCAAAUGAGUCAGGGACUGAGCCUUCACUGGAGGUCAGCCUGUGGCACGGCCUGCACACAAACCUCCCAGACUACUCUCCUCUAAAGCCCCCUGCUACUCCCACACUUACAGGCUUAUGGCAGCUCUGAAAACACCUGCUGCCUUUCACGAGCAGAUUCGCAGCCUGGAGCGAGCCAAGACUGGGAACUUCUUAAAGCACAAGCUCUGCAGCCGACCCGAGCGAUCGGAGCUGGUCCGUAUGCACAUCCUGCAAGUGUCUUCAUCAGAGUCGCAGGCCGAGGCCUGCCUGCAGGCCACACAGAUGAAGCUGAAGAGGGCCAGACUGACCGACGAUCUCAACGAGAAGAUCGCCCACCGACCUGGAGCAAUGGAGCUGGUGGAGAAGAACAUCCUGCCCGUGGACUCUGCUGCUGAAGAGGUCAUCGACGGUUCAAAGGCAAACUACUCUAAGGCGCCAGAUGUUUACAGCUUUGAUGAGGAGGACAGCAGUGAGGCCUUAUCACCAGAGCAGCCGUCCAGCCAGGAAACUCCCAGCUCCACCUCAACGUCUCUGAGAGAGACGGAGGCCACUGCACCUUCCUCUCAGUUAAACUCUCCCGUACAGCACUCCCCGCCAUCUAACUCACAGUCCACGUCAGAUUUUGUCACUCUCGUCCCUGUCAAUGAGCAACAUAGCAGCCCACAAGCAUGUCCACCUCAGCCGAUCGCCACAGUUGUGCCCAGCAUCCACGCGGGGCCGGUUCUUGUCAAGCAAAGCCUGCCCAAGCAACCCGGCGACAAAAGCCGCGGCAAAAAGGGCAAAGAGGCAAAACCAUGGGUGAAAAAGUUGAAGUACCACCAGUACAUACCCCCGGACCAGAAGCAGGAGCUCAACGAGUUGCCGAUGGACUCGACCUACGCCCGCCUCCUGCAGCAGCAGCAGCAGUUCCUGCAGCUCCAGAUCUUAAGCCAGCAGCAGCAGCAGCAGCAGCAGUACAACUACCCGGCUGUCCUGCCUGCCACAGUAAAGCCAACAACCGAGGUACAAACCAGCUGUUGCAGUGGUCUGAGUGGAAACGCCGCGUCCGUCCCCGCGCAGCCCCGCCGCAUUCAGAGGACCCGCAAGCUGGAUCACUUACCAGCUAAUCUGGAUGAGAUGAAGGUUGCCGAGCUCAAACUGGAACUUAAACGCAGAUCUCUGCCCGUGUCUGGGACUAAGACGGAUCUGAUAGAGAGGCUGAAGGUGUAUCAGGAGACCUCCACUAUCCAAACUGCUGCUGCUGCUGCUGUGGAAACAACAGCCUCACAGUGUGAAAACAUAAGGUUUACCCCGCCCGUGUCCCCUGUGGCCUCCAAGGUGUCCAGUCUGGGCAUCGAGGACAGUGGUAUGGCAGACAGUCCGGCGAAUCUUUCAGAUGCUCUGUCUCCAACAUCCAUGAGCUCCCCUCAGAGAGCUCCACAGGAGGAGCUUCCCACAGAGACGUGGUCCCUCGGGAAGGACUCUGAAAAGGACAAACGUCUGCACGAGAAGGAGCGUCAGAUCGAGGAGCUGAUGAGGAAGCUGGAGCAGGAGCAGAGGCUGGUGGAGGAGCUGAAGAUGCAGCUGGAGGUGGAGAAGAGGAGUCAGCAGGGAGACUCUCCCCCUCGGCUCAGCCCCCUUGCUCCCGUCCAGGUCAAAGAGGAGAACGGGUCGCCCUCAAACUGCUCCACUCCCUGCAGCUUCCCCAGUCAGCCCGCGUUGGUCAAGCAGGAGGAGGAGGCGGCGGCGGAUCCGAGCCACUUUGCUCCGCCGAAUCAAUUCAUCAGCAGCCAUCGGACCAUCAAGCAGCCCGAGGCACUGCAGUCCGUCCAGGCCGGAGUGCAGAUCCUCCUGCCCGCAUCACUUCCCGCCUCAGCAGUCGCCGCCAUCCAGCUCCCGGCCAACUGCCUCAAAUUACACACCGCUGUGAGCGGCGGCACCGGCCCAGGCCUCGUCCAGACCUCUGGACAGGUGCCACAGAAAACAGAGGCCUCCGCAGCUUUGCAGCAGAAUUGCAGCGCUCACUCUCCGCCACUGGCAAAGACGUGGACGAUGGACACCGCAGCACAUGGCUUACUCGGCACAUUCCCAGCGAGCGGUUGUCCUGCGGGACCCGCCGCUAACAAGCCCAUCCCUAAUGGACCUAAUAAGUCUCCCACCGCACCGCCCAUUGUGCUGCAGACAACAUUCACGAACCACGUGUCGAAGUGUAAAGACCCGCCCCGCUACGAGGACGCAGUCAAGCAGACACGCAGCAUGAUAACAGCUGUUCAGGGUCCCACUGCAGCCAGCCAGCAGAUGGAUGAUCUAUUCGAUGUGUUGAUUGAGAGCGGUGAGAUCUCCCCCUUCAUCAAACAUGAUCAUCCCAGCCAAGACAAGCCGCUGCCCGUGACAGCCAGCGUGACCACCCUUCCCGUCAACAUGGUCCUAUCCCGCCCUCCCCCCGUGGUCCAAGUGGCCCAGGUGCCCACGGCGCCCCUCGAACCUUCCCCCGGCGUGGCAGCGCUGGACUCCCUCCUGGACUGCACGCUGGGCACCGACGCCGGGCCACAAACACUGAAGCUGAUUGAGGAGUUACACUCGCCCAUCGUCGCCAUGGACGUGGACUUUACCGACAACACGCCGCCCUCGGCUUUCAGCAUGCACAGCGCCAACAUGGACAACAUGGACUGGCUGGACCUCACACUGUCCGUGCCAGCGGAGGGCGUGAACCCUUUGGACAUGUCUGUGACGUCAGUGGGCGUCUUCUCCUCCGACUUCCUGGACGCCGAUGAACUGUGUUGAUGGAAAUGAGGUAAUGCCAAAUGCAUAAACUGGUGUGUUUUCACUAUAAAUCAACGUAUUACUCACAUGUAAUCCAUAUACCGCAUUGAAUUUGUAAUCAAACAGCACAUUUACUCGUGUAACUGUGCACAAAAACAAUAGAAAAAAAGGGAAGUCAUUCGGACGAGUGGACGCGGAGGAAAGUUUGAUUUGGAGUUGGACAGGUUUGGGAAAAGGUCGAGGGAAAAGAGUCAGACGCUUCAGACGGUAACUGAACUGCAGGAGAAGCUUUGCACAGAUGUAGGAGACAUUUUCUGUAGCAGGUUAGGAGGAGUGCUGCUCUGCAUUCUGGGUCCAGACUCUUCGUAUGUCAGAUUUGCACUUUGUCCUCUCAGUUAAUCCGAAUAAAAACUGGUUGUAUCAUAGAAAUAAAGUCACGUACAUCUGUGUUUGUGCUGUUCUGGUGAACUCUUACACCUGUCGGGCCAUUUGAUUGGUUUUGAAUCAUUGAAGGGACGAAUUGUUUUGUUUCCAUGAGGGAAGAAAAGAGCUGUUGGAGGUUUGGGCAGCUCGAUCACUCUGUUCAGUAAUAAUUUAAUCACGCAGCGUCAUUCAAGAAGUCGUCGCAUCGCUUCUUUUGAAGCUAUUGAAGCCCUCGUGCUUUCGACUGGUACUUGUAAGCUUAGCUGACGGUGGAAGUAACUUCUACUUUUUUUUAAAAAACAUACCGCUGCCUUGUUAUCAAUCUCGUCUCUCGUUUGUCCUCUGAUCUUUGUGAAUGUACGUGGUUGUGUUGACCGCAAUAACGGCUGAAACUGCCCUUACUGUCAAAACAGAUUGUGAACACACACAGCUGCCAAAUAUCAAGCAUCUCUGACAAGUGUUUGUUUUUUUACAGUCAGUCGAAUCUGGUUCUACUAUCAUGAGAGAUAAGGACGUGUGCAUCUGUACACAGUGUAUAAUAUUGUAUGUAUUUGGAAGCCUGAUCUUUGAGACUUUUACAGGUUUUGUAAUAUUUUUGGUUUGGUACUGACACAACCUCCAGCAAAAUAGCAGUAUUCAUGAGUAUGAUCCAGUGUUAACUCGCUUUAUACCGAAAUACCCUUCAUGCAUUUCAGUGGAUUGAUAUUAUAGUGACACCUGCUGGCCACAUCUGUUGUUUGUUUUUUUUUAGCAAAUUGCCAAAGAUGAAUAUGAAGCCUGUUGUUAUUUUGCAUCGCCUCUGCACAAACCACAUCUGUGAUGUCAAACGUCAACCUUCUACAGAUCGUGUGCUGGAAUGAGAAAUAUAUUUUGUCUUUACUCAAAUUCGUAUAAACUCGACAGCAAGAGACAUUUUGAAUGUCGUAGUUUGUACAGCACAUGUUUAACACCUUGUCUAUUUGCGUUGUUCUUUAUAAGAAAAAUGUAUGAGUUGUUAUGUAAAUACAGAGAUUAUUUCAGCCUAUGUGAGCAUCUGCAGUAUGCCCUUUACCUUUUAGUACUUGUCAUUAAAAAAGAAAACUGUACAAGAAAA